UGGGGGAAGCCUAAUAAUUUGGCUGCAGGUGAUCAUGCACAUUGCGGUACACCAGUGUGGAGAGCGAAAGGCCUUACUUGUGUUUGCUUUAAGCCAAAGGGCAGCCAUGCACGUAUUUGCAUCAACUUGACAUCCCAACAGGAGCAGAGGCUAAAUAGGUUAAAACACCGGACUAAAAUUCAGUUUGAUGCAUCAAGACAAGAUCAUCAGGAAGCUUUGAGGGCCUUAUGGUCUGCUACAUAUCCCGGCCAAGAGCUACAAAGUCUGGUAUCUGAUCAAUGGAAAGAAAUGGGAUGGCAAGGGAAAGACCCAUCCACAGAUUUCAGAGGAGCAGGUUUCAUUUCUUUGGAGAACCUACUAUUUUUUGCCAAGACAUUUUCGAUAUCUUUCCAGAGUCUACUGAGGAAGCAAGCAGGCAAAAGGGCAGUUUGGGAAUAUCCGUUUGCUGUAGCUGGUGUGAAUGUCACAUUUAUGAUCGUGCAAAUGCUUGAUCUAGAUGCCAUAAAACCCCGAACGUUUAUUAGAGCGGUUUUUCUGCAAAUGUUAUCAGAGAAUGAAUGGGCUUUUGACCUUCUUUACUGCGUGGCCUUCAUGAUUAUGGACAAACUGUGGCUGGACAGAAAUGCAUCUUACAUGGAGUUCAAUGAUAUUUUAAAGCUAACGCGGUGCCAGCUGGAGAAAGAAUUUCUAAUGGACGAUGUGCUGAGGAUAGAGGAUAUGCCUUCUUUUACUCUUUUAACGUGACUAUAUCUAAACCUGCAAAAACACAGAAUUCCAAGUUCAGUUUUGGGGGUAGUAUCGUAAUUUUCUCCUCGUUUCACUAACAGGAUUCUUAAUUUUGGGCUGAUCCAUCGUUACUUUUUGUUUGGUCUUUCUCUGGUUGACUGAUAAAGCCCAAUCAAAAAAGAAUGAAGAAAGUUGGUACCAAUUCAAAUUUAUUUAAUAUAAGCAGAUUCAUUCAUUCAUUCAAUCGUGGCCUAUAUAAUUUGUAGGUUCCAUCU